AUGGAGGGGGGUCCCCAACGGGCUCUAUAUAAGCGUCCGCAAUGGCUCUGCCGGCAGAACCGGGCGGCGUGGAGGGGAGGCGGCGGCCGAGACCAUGGCGACGGGCGGCGGGCAGGGCUUGCCCGUCCUGCUCCUCCUCCUCCUCCUGCGGCUGUGCGAGGCGAGUGCGGGGCGCCCGGCGGGGCCGGCGAGCCAGGGGAGCUGGCGGCCGGGCCGCCCCAUCCCCUGACCGCUUUCUCCCCGCAGGUGAGCGGCCGGGAGCCGGCGUGUCCCCAGCCCUGCGGCGGGCGCUGCCCAGCCCAGCCGCCGCGCUGCGCGCCGGGGGUGCCGCUGGUGCUGGACGGCUGCUCCUGCUGCCCGGUGUGCGCCCGGCAGCGCGGCGAGAGCUGCUCCCCGCUCCUGCCCUGCGACGAGAGCAGCGGCCUCUACUGCGACCGCGGCCCCGGGGACGACGGCGGGGCCGCCGGCAUCUGCAUGGUGCUGGAGGGAGACAACUGCGUCUUUGAUGGGAUGAUUUAUCGCAACGGGGAAACCUUCCAGCCCAGCUGCAAGUACCAGUGCACCUGCCGCGACGGGCAGAUCGGCUGCUUGCCCCGCUGCAACCUGGACCUGCUGCUGCCCGGCCCCGACUGCCCUUUCCCCAGGAAAGUCGAAGUCCCUGGAGAGUGCUGUGAGAAGUGGAUCUGUGACCCUAAGGAUGAAGUAAUUCUGGGAGGUUUUGCUAUGGCCGCCUACAGACAAGAGGCCACACUUGGGAUUGAUGUGUCAGAUUCAAGUGCCAAUUGUAUCGAGCAGACAACAGAAUGGAGUGCUUGUUCCAAAAGCUGUGGAAUGGGCUUUUCCACCCGUGUUACCAACAGAAAUCAACAGUGUGAGAUGGUGAAGCAGACACGGCUUUGCAUGAUAAGACCUUGUGAAAACACAGAAGCACCUGAGAAGAAAGGGAAGAAAUGCAUCCGAACAAAGAAGUCCCUGAAAGCUGUUCACCUUGAGCACAGGAACUGCACCAGUGUGCAGACAUACAAGCCUCGUUACUGUGGCCUCUGCAGCGAUGGCCGGUGCUGCACCCCCCACAACACCAAAACCAUUCAAGUGGAGUUCCUGUGUCCUCAGGGCAAAGUCCUAAAAAAGCCAGUGAUGUUGAUCAGCACCUGUGUCUGUCAUGCUAACUGUCCUCAGAGUAACAAUGCUUUCUUCCAGCCUUUAGAUGUAACGUCUAGUGAGGCAAAAAUAUGAGAAGCAUAAAUUAGGUAGUGCAAAAAGGUAUAAAUAGUUUAUAAAAACCAUGACCCACAAUCAGGUGAAUGUAACUAUUGCAUAUGUAAAAUAUCUAAGAUGUUUUUCAAAACAGUCUGGGCGCUUUGUUUUUUUCCUGUAGUUUAUUAAAUACCUCAUUUUACAUUUUCCCCCUCCAAAUGUCUUUCACUCACUUGAAGGAAAUUUUUGUACCUUGGACAGAGCCUUCUGUCUUUUUCUUAACGAUGGCAUCAAGAUUACAAGGCGAACAGCUGGUUUUUCUCCUUGAGUUAAGGGGAUCGUGCCACAAGCUCUUUAACAGUAAGUGGAUUCCUUGGUGAAUGCAUGAUAUCGUGUCACAUAAGCUUCCAGGUUCUUAAUUUCACUUUGUAUAAUGCAUAUAAUCACUGAAGCAGCAUUCUUUUUCAAUUCUAGUGAAGCUCUGUUGCUGAUGAUAGUAACAAUUUUACUGAUUAAAGUGUUGCAUUCCUGUGUCUUAUGAAAUACCUUCUCUCUGUACCUCUGACUUUGAGGAUUAAGUUUGCACAUAGCCCAUGAAAUGACGUAGCUGAGACCUCUUAUCCUGAACCAUAGCAGACUGAUAGCUGACAGCAACUUAAUUUCUCCUUGGUAACUUCACAGUCUUACCCAAAACCCACUGAAGUCAGUGUAUUAGAAGAACUUGGUUCUAACCAGUGUGUGUCUGUAGAUAUAACUAUUUGGAUGCAAAAAUAAAAUUUCUGUAAAUUCCUCUAAAAUACUAUCACACGGUGCUUCAUUUCUUAAAAAGGUGUCUAUGUAAAUAGAAA